UGCGCACAAUCCAGUUUUCAAAACAAAGCCGGUCGUCCACAGAUACGCUGAAAUUUGCUCUCUGGUCGGCCAUGGAGACUUCAACACCAACCUUUUACGCUGGCGUGCUUUUUUACUUAAUAACAAGUAAAGUAUGUGACGUUUUCACAUCCAAUCUUUUUUAUGAAUUCAAAUUGGAAAGCAAUUAUAGUAACUUUACAUGUCCAGCUGAGGAGACUUUAUUUCAUGCAAAAGAUGUGCAAGACAAGGUUAAAUGCACAUUGCUCUGUACCAAGGCACCGCCUUGUUAUGGGGUUUUCUUCCGGCUCACGACAAGAGAAUGUGUAGGAUGUAAUACUACAGUGGGGUUGCUGCCGCUAGAUGGCGUAUUGUUUUAUAGGCAAGUGCCUUCGAACGUCGCUAAAGGGAAAACAACGACGACUCUAUCAGGAAGACAAGCAUUGGAUGGAAUUCUGAGCCCAUGCUUCUUUUGGGAAUGUCAAUGGUGGGUGGACCUUGGCUCACUGUAUGCUGUUACACUGAUCAACAUAUACACAGUAAACAGUUUCGUGUAUGACGAUUUGAGACUCGCAGCAGGAGCAUCAUUAGAUUCAAUGUCCGAUGUUGGCGCAUUUGACAACAACACACUUGUAUUCCCUUAUGGUUCGCUUGAAACACGAUAUGUGGAAGUAAGACGAGAACCUUUUCAAUGGUUGGUUCUUUGUGAACUUGAAGUCUAUGGAAUACCAGCUUAAUCUAUCAGGAAUACCAGUGAUCAACACGACAAGAAGUUCAGAAAAGAUUUUCAAAUUUAUAAUCGUUCAAUCUGCGCAUAUCUCGGACACUUGUUUACCAAUAACUUGCUGUUAAAGUGCUCAACUUAAUCAUCUCUCAGUAUAUACAGUGUUAGGUGAUGUCAACCAGCUUGAUGGCUAUCAUCAUCGUCGCAAUAAAUGCUUUAAAACGGUACCAAAUGUAGGUCAUCAUCACAAAUGAUGUUGCUUUAUAGCGGUACUAUAUCUACGUCAUUAUCACCAGAAAUGUUGCUUUAUAGCGGUACCAUAUGUAUGACAUCAUUACCAUUAAUGUUGCUUUAUAGCGGUACUAUAUCUACGUCAUUAUUAAAGGUAAUGUUACUUUAUAGCGGUACUAUAUUUAUGUCAUUAUAUCCAGUAAUUUUGCUCUAUAGCGGUGCCGUGAUUAUGUAUGUCUUCAUUAUCAGGAAUGUUAUCAUAAAGCUGUACCAUAUAUACACAGUAAUGUUGCUUUAUAGCUGUACAAUAUUGUGUGGCAUCAUUACCAGUAAUUAUGCUUUAAAUCGGUGCCAUAUGUAGUCAUCAUUAACGGUACUGUUGCUUUAUAGCGGUUCCAUGUGUAUGUUAUUUAAGAUAAUGUUACUCAAAAGCAGAAAUCAUAUGUAUGUUUCAUUUUCACUACUGUGGCUCUCUAGCGGUGUUAUAUUCCAUUUUUCUCUAUUUGAUUGCCACAUCAUUGUUGUUUGUGUCGUGUGGUGGCCCCAAACAUAUAAUCAAAGCUGUUAUAUUUUCGAUCCUUAAAGAAUGUUGAGCACGAGUAACUUGCACUUUCCAUUACCGUCCAGCAAACCGACCCUGCAACAUUUUCAGUUUUGUGUUGUUUUUUUUUGCGUUCUUUAGGGAUUCCAGUUUUCUCUAUUUUAUAUGUUAUUGUGUUAGUAUGUUAUUACCGCUAUUCCCGUUUUCUUAUAGCGGGUUCAUAUGUACAAGUAUGCCAUUAUCUUCGUCGAUACCUUCGCUUUUUUGCGGUAUGUACCAUCAUGCGGCUUAAAAUGCCUAUAGGAAGUUACGUCACUGUUAAUAAGAUCCUAUUCCAAAAAGUAGGGAAAAAUACAUUUGCAUAAUUAUAUAAACAGCAUGUAAGUUGAUUGCCUUUAUUGUCCAACAAUAUUGACCUGGCACUCAUGCAUUUGACCCUAUAGUCGGUAAAUUCCGUAUACGUUACGAUGUACUUGUAUAUCGGUAUGAAUGUAUAUAACAAGUAAAUUAAGAACUCGAUAAAGAUACUUUACUUCAAGAAUAUAGACGUAAACUCGUAGGUUCGAAUCCUGAUUCAGACACGUUUAUUUCUUUUUUAUUUUAAAAUUGACAUUUAUUCCUGCAAAUAAAUUCCAAGAAAUGUGUUUCUUCAUAACGUGGUAUUGGUUAGAAAUCGAACCAGAGACCUUGAAAUCGGUAGCCCUGCGUCUAUACUGACGUAUACAGUUAACAAUAUAUUGAUAUGUUUGUUACAUACCAGUGUUUAUCCAAUGACCUUUAAGAAAGUUAAUGAAGUGUCAGGUCAAUAUUGUUGGACAAUAUGAGAAAAAUAUUUUGAUUCAUUUUUACUUUAUUUUGAACAUGAUUAACUAUUAUUUGCUCUUGAAAAUAUAUACCCGGUUUCUAAAACUUACUUCAAGCUGAUUUACUCAAAAAUAAUUCUAAAUUAUCUUACAUCGUAUUUUAUCGUUUCCGCCUUAACCCUUUACUUCAUAUAGACGUGUUUUGACGGCUUUUCGACCCCCCCCCCCUUUUGAGGCCUCAAACAGUGAAAAAUUACCCUAUUUAGACUCAAAACACUGUUUUUCAUUUAGGAAAUGUUGCUAAAAAAAGUGAUCACUUUUUCGGCGCUGCCGUCAUCAAAAAGGUACAUCAGAGGGUUUCCAAAAGGGGGGUUUGCCCCUUUCUGUUUGGGGGGUUCGAAGAAGGGUGGCAGUCCCCCUUCAUCGCCAAGAAAAUUUGGACGUAUGAGAGGCUAAAAUUGACCCCAGGUCGAUCAUAAGGAAAUGUGUAAGCAAUGCUGAAAAGCCUUUGACUCUAUCUCAAUGCAGCACUUUGAAAUUAAUUUUGAUGCAAAAUAGUGAUUUUGGCAACUUGAGAUGUCUCCUCGCUGCCAUGGUAACAAGAAAUUUAAGACUGAGCAUGUCGUUACAAAGGCAAUGGUUCUGUCAACAUUUGUGCCACGUUUAAUUAGUGUUGAAGCAUUUUCCAUAGUUUCAUAGCAGUUUGAACUUGUUACAGGAGGCUUUUCAAUGAAAACGGCCAUUUUUCACAAUAUACAUGUACUCAUGAGGGAAAGGGUUAAUAGUUGUAGUUGUCAAAUAUCAGCAAAAUUGGUCUUUACAUGAGUCCAUGAAAAUAUUUAUUCGUUGUUGCGCGUUCUUUUUUUGUCAUGAAUUUCAAUGUAUAGAACAGGGAAGAACUUUUUUAUAUUCAACUCAGUUCUAAAGACUUAUAAUUCACCGCUGUAUUUAAGUUUAUCAUUGAAAACCAUUAGAUAACUGUUGUGUGUGUGAAUAUGCGUAUAUUAUUGUUCAGCUUUAUUAACAGUUUAGAUAAAGUAGCAUAAUGAAGGCUCGAAUUAUGAAUAAACCAGUUUUCAAUGGAACUCAUUGUUCGCGGCAUGGGUUCUAUUAUAUUUCGUUGUAAAUUAUGAAUUAAAAUUUGAUUUUCCAAAUAAAAGAAUAAAAGAAUUGAUAGUCGCAUAUCACUUCUAAAUGUGAAUGAUGAAACCACUUUAUUGAAUUGAUAAUGAUUAGUUUGUCGACAUUUUAAAAAGUAUUUGCAAUGUAAGCACGCUAAUAUGCAUGUAUUUAUAAAGUGUAUGCACUUUAACUGUAACAGCUUAUUUAGUUUGUACAUUAAAACAUUUUCAAUUAUAAAGUAUCAAUAAUUUAUAUGUAAUUUUACCUAUUAUUUUGCAUUAAAGGUUUUUUUUUAACCUUACUUUGUUUUUCAACAAUCUAUAGAAAUUCUACCUAAAUCCACUGUAUAUUUAUGUUAUCUUAAUUCUAUUUCUGUAACAAUCUAUGGAAAUUCCACCUUGCAGCAGUUGACUUUGAAAUAGUAUAUUUUGUUUUCUUUGAAAAUUCUACCUUAUAGCAGAUUAUAUUUUUAAAGAAAGUAUAUUAAUUUUAUUUAUGAAAUCUACCUUACAGCAGUUUACAUGAAAGAUAAUAGCAUAGUCUAUAGAAUUCUACCUUAUAUCUUUUUUAAUAAAUGAGCCACGUCACGACAAAACCAACAUAGUGGGUUUGCGACCAGCAUGGAUCCAGACCAGCCUGUUUACAAACCCUAUUACAAGUAGAGAAACUGAAAGCGACCAGCCUGGAUCCUGAUCAGACUGUGUGGAUGCGCAGGCUGGUCUAGAUCCAUGCUGGUCGCAAACCCAUUAUGUUGGUUUUGUCGUGACGCGGCUCAAAUGAAGUUCAUGUUUACUUAUGGAUUGCUAAAUGGUAUACAUCAUCCUUGAACUUAAGAAAUGUUAAGUUUUCAUUUGUUUAUGUUUCAGACAUUCCUUUUUUCUUUAGAAUUUCUGCAAAUUCAAAUUUAUAAUUAAAAUAAAGCGUGAACAUAAUUGUUAAUGUCAAUAAUGAGGAAUUCAGAUUAUGUUUAAGUAUAUUUUUCAAAAAUGAUUUAGAAAGAAAUAGGUACAUUGCAAUUUCUGUAACUGUUUUGUUAUAAUUCUCGCUUAUUAAACACUUUCAUGUUGUA